AUAUUAAGUUUCUUCUCAUCCAAGCGACAGAGUCUUUCAUCUCUUCCUCAGUGUUUCAUUUCUUUGCAAUUAAGAUGGAAGGCGAAGUAGCACAGAAGAACACAAGAGGCAGCUGGUCACUGCUUCGACCAUUUCAAAUGAUAUCCAUUAGUCUUCUCAGCCUCCUCGUCCCUCUCUCUUUCCUCUUCCUUUUACGUCUCUCUCUCUCCUCAGUUCCCGUCACCGUCUCCCGCGUAUCCUCCUUUCUCCAUCAAGCUGAUGUCGGAGUCUUAUACGCAAUUUUGUCUCUCAUCAUCGUCUCCACUUUACUCAACAAUCUCUCCGGAAAACCAGAAUGCUCUCUUUUGCAUUCCCAUCUCUACAUAUGCUGGAUCGUUCUCUUCCUCGUCCAAGUUUCUGUCGCCUUCGGUGUGGAAGGAAUCAUGAGCACCACCAUGUCAACAAAUCCAGACGAAAACUUGUUUCUUGCUUCACAAGAAAGGUGGGUCUUGGUUAGGGUUAUGUUCUUUUUGGGGCUACACGAAGUGAUGCUGAUGUGGUUUAGAGUCGUGGUUAAGCCUGUGGUCGACGACACUGUUUUUGGGGUUUACGUGGAGGAGGAAAGAUGGUCGGAGAGAGCGGUCGUGGCGGUGACUUUUGGUCUAAUGUGGUGGUGGAGGCUAAGAGACGAGGUAGAAAGUUUGGUGGUGGUUGCAGAGGUUAAACGUACGCUUCUUACUGGUCUGGAUGGUUUUGACUUUCUGAACUGGUGGAUGUAUUACAUAUGUGUUGUGAUUGGUAUGGUGAAGAUCUUCAAAGGUGUUUCGUAUUUUGUGAAUAUGUUCAUUUUGACCAUUAAGAGGUCGAGAAAAGGAUGUGAAUCUUGUGUUGUUGUUGAUCAUGUGUAAGAGAUUCGACACUUUUUACAGUCAGUUGAAGUUUUUUUUAAAAACUCAUUCAGUUGUUUUCCUUAUCAUUCUGACUUCUGACGGACUUGACUAGAAAAAUAGCAGAAUAUUGUGACA